GAAUAUAUUAACUUUUAUCUCAGCAGAGAAAUUAAUUGCUUCUUUUCUUGAUUUAUUUAGGGAGAAGUCUCGUGAUAGGGGACGUGAUGAAUCGUCGUCGUCUGGUUUUUUUGACGAUUCGGGUGCGAGUUAUGUCGAGUAAGUUUCAUUGAAGGAAAUUUUUAUGAUUACUAUCUAUUGAGAGAAUUUAGUGGUGUAAUUAAUUAUAUAAUUAUAUUUCGGUAGUUCUGAUGAAGAAGUGCAAAUUCUGGACGCUCUUCCUGCAGCAGCUGAGCCAGUGAUGAUGGUGGAAAAGUAUGUAUGAUUUUUUAUAAAUAAUAAUUGUAGUUUUAUCUCAUUAGAGAAAUGUUUUUUUAUAAAUAUUGCAGGCCGUUUUUGAAGGCUAGACAGAGGUUUGUCCCGUCAACUGCGUCAUCGUCGUCCUCCAUCACUACGCCUACCCUCACGGUUGAUUCUUUAAGAGCAGGGGCAAAGGUAGUGCAUCCGGGCGUCAUAUCUUGCUUCCCGGGAAAGACAUACACGGGUCUUGAUAAGGAUGAGAUAAAGGAAUACAAUCGAUUGGCCCAUCAGAGAUCCAAACAUAUUAAGGUCAGCCCAUCUACCCCAUGGGUUCCUGUUUUGGAACCUAAGUUCAAGAAGGACGAUGGCACAGGAAUCCAUCCAUCCCUUCUGUCCUGCUUCUCUGGGUUGAAAGCCGAGUUGGAUGACGUGCAGUUGAGAGAAUAUAAUCGACUGGCCAAACAGAGAUCACGACAUCUUAAGACCAAUCCAUUAACGCCAUGGGUGCCAGCUCUACUGCGUCGUAUUUAUCAGCACAAGACUGAAUUUGACGAGAAAUUUGGCAAACUCGGAAUACUGCGUCCAGGAGAUGCGCCAAGCCAAAAGUUGUUAGAGUAUCUCGGAUUGGAUCCCGACACAAGGUUUCUUAGCUCUGGAAUGUGAGUAACAUCUUCUUAAAUUCAUUCUUUUUCAUGGUUCUCAAUAGAGAAAAUAGUUAUAAUUUGUAUCUCUCAUUUUCCAAUAGCAAUAUCGGCGUAAACGAUGAGACGAC